AUGCUUUCCAACAGAACAUUUGUCACAGUAACCCAUGCCCUGGAGAGAACUUUAUCUGUCAGGUGGGCUUCACAGCUAAACGCUACCGAUGUGUUUGCCGUGAUGGUUUUAAAGGAGAAAACUGCGACGAAGGUAUGACUCGUGAGGUUGACUUUGUUGUUUUGUCUGUCAGUAAGUGUCAGCACAUUGUUUGACUCGCAAUCCGGGCAGUUCGUUCUCUUUACUUAAACGUGGUCAAUGUGCCAGGUUUUAGAGUAGUUAUUUUGGAUUAUUCGCCUUAUUCGAUUUAUUAUAUUGCCCCAGCGUGUAGGUAGGGUUUUUAAGGUGGUCUAAUACUGACUGAAGAUGGCCGAGUCAUCGGAGACGGAGCUUUUCCACAGGGUGCAGGUGCCUUCCUGAAUUCCACCCUAAGCUAACGUGACAACUGUCAGCUAGUAGGCCAGUGUGCCUUGCGGAUCCCUUUUUCCCAACUUGUUGACUUCUAGGAAACGCACCCGAUUGAAAAUGAUUGACAUUUUUAAAAAAUUAAAAAUUUAUUGCAUGCGCCUGCCUACUUACAUUUGCAAAUGCUACCGUUUAGGCUUUAGGACAACAGAUCUUAUUUGAAACAGUUUUAAAUUGUUAAAGCUUUUUAUCAGUUUUUGCAUUUUUUUCCCCUUAAUUUGUCCUCGCAGACAUCAAUGAAUGUAGACUUGACACAGGAUGUGGAGGUGGGUCAGUUAUACUUACAUGAAUUUUAUUAAAGACUUAUCCGGCGUCAUUUUUCUCUAAGCUUCCCCCCUCCCUUCCUUUUUUUUUUUUUCAUUCUUAAUUUUGUCAGUUUGUGGAUUAAAAGUCUGCCUAUCGUUCCUAUUCUUUUUAAUUAUAGACUUAAUCAUUGUAAAAUGUGCGACUCCUUUUAAAUUUGAUCCGAAGAUUUUUCCUAUAAAAGCACUUUAAGCAACGGAAGUCACUACUUCUUCAUCAGUGACUUUAGGGACGGACCAUUAGAAAACUUAUGGGGGGGCGGGCGAAGUACAAAAAAGAUAUUCGCGCGAGGGAAAAUUAACUGAAAAAAAAUUCGUGCGCCCCAUUUAAUCCUAAAAAAUAUUCAUGUUAUGGCCUAAAAAAAAUUCAUACAAGGAAUUUGAUAGCGAAAAAAAAUUCCUGCAGCUCGAAAAUUCCCUCCCCCCAUAACUUUUCUAAUGGUCCGUCCCUUAUCACUGUAAACAGAAACUACUUUAACGGAUUGGAUGACCUUUGUGACCUUUUUGUUUCUUGUUGAAAUUCAGCGAUUUUUCGAUAUAUAAUCAGAUACAUUUUUACAAAAUGUGUUGAUGAAAAUUACUUGCUUCUGAUUGGACAAAGUGGAGUACACCAAAUCCCAAAUUUACGCUCUUAAAGCAGCAAAAACCAUAACGUUUUAGUAAAAUCCAACUAGUGAUCUAUUAUCAAUACUGCGUUCUGAUUGGUUGAGCUUACUACUAGGCUAUAUGUUAUAGCCCACUAGUAGCGAAAAGCGCUGGAUUUUUGGCGGCAAAAAAGGAUUAAAGUCUUGUUUUGUCUCGAUAUUUUUGACCAACUAGUUGGAUUUUAUUUACUAAAACAAUUAUUCCUCUCGCCCUCAUGGCUUCUGAGUCAAUAGCCCAAUAGCCCAUGAGGCCUAUUGGGGGGCUCUAUAACUCUAAAACUGAUCAUCCUAGAGCCGCCAAAUUACACACAAUAAAGUACUCAAGUAGCUCCCACUAGGUCUGAAUAGGGUUAAAACAACUAAAAACAAUCUAAUGUUUGAGCUGACCUAAUCAGUUUCAAAAAGCAAAAUUAAUCUGUCAGCAGUUUCAAAAUAUCCUCCAACAGCAGUUUCAUCAGCUCCAGAUACAUCAACAGCAUCUUCAUCAGCUACUCAAUCGGGUAGGUAUUUUCCUUAGGUGAUCAGGAUUGGCUCAUAAGUAGAGAAUAUUGAAUACACGGAUAUCGGUUUAGCUACUUAAUUUUAGAGCUGUAAUGAUUGUACAUUUUGCUUUCUUGUACGGUUGAAUUCGCGAACGGGCAAGAUGAAGCAAAUACUGUGUUCUGAUGAGCUACCCGAGCGAGCAAGAAACAGUCCCUCGGGAUUUCCCGCAUUGGUCCAGCAAGCACAGGUUCACAUCAUUUGGGCCAUAUAUAGUAAAUCCUCUAUUGACCAGGCAUGAGGUGAAGAUGGCGGCUGGAUAUAAUUGCCCUUUGUUUUGCUUUGUUUUUUUCUUUUUCUUUUCUUUUCUCUGGCUAAGUCACUUACAAACUGGGCGAGGGAAAAAUAUUGUGUCAAAGUAUUUGUUAUCGUGCUCCUUAACAGAUGCAUCGUCAUCAGAACCCACAGUGAUAUCAACAGCAGUUCCCACAGCUUCACCAACUUCGACAAAACAACCUUCUCAACAAGGUAGGUAUUUUUCUGUAUCGUUGCUUCGACUUAUACUGGCCUUGUCUGCAUUUUUUUUUUGUUUGUUUACCUUGACCUCGUCUUGGUCCAUAAACUCGCCCCCUCACCCCCACCCACAACCCCCUAAAAAAUAUCAUUAUCGUGCCGUAAUGACCUCACACUAAGCCAUUAACGCAUAAAUAUCGUCUCCUACCAUCUGAUUCUCUUUUGCAAAACCAAUAACUUAUUUACUGAUAGCAAUUCUCGCACGCAUCCUUAAGAGAUGUAUCGUCAUCAAAACCCACAGUGAUACCAACAGACAUUUCCACAGCUUUACCAGAUUCAACAAGCAAACCUACUCCACUCGGUGGGUAAUUUUCUAUGUCUUUGCUUCGGCUUGUAUUGACCAACUAUUGUAGCUAAACCUAGAUUUGCUACAAGUCGACCUCUCUUAAGUCCUUUGUGGGCGAAGCUUCAAAGAGGUCGCAGAGCGACCGAACCAACCAGGAAAAAAAUUUUAAGGACUUUUAGAACGUCUAAGCUAAACUAUUCUGAAUCCAUUGAUACCGGACAGGUGUAAUUAUUUACAGUUCAAGCCGUUUGAGCUGUUUUUGUCUGCUCGUUUUCUCUUUUGCGAAAAUUCUCAACUUGAAUCUGACGUUUGCCGUUUGCCGUAUACGUGAAGCUUAAACUCUUUAAUAUCUCUGACUUCUAAGUUGCGCUGUGCACAUCAUAAGUCUGUUAACAAAAGCAAGAGCCCAUGGCUUCUGUCUAGGGGGUCACUUCUUCUUUAUACGAAAAGUAAAGCGCUGAUAAUUGGGAAGGAAGAGAAGCAUGAAAAUGCUCUCUGAGUUAAACUACUGUUGCGACCUUUUCGUGAUCUUCCAUUACUUCUGGGAAGCAUGACUCACAAUAUGCGACUGAACUGCCUGCUUUCCAGCACUUGACAGUUUGAACUUUCAUCAUUUUCAAAGAGAGAACAAGGAGUACAGAAAUACUCCUGGCACCGAAAAAUAAGUAUAAUUUGUAUUCUUAAAGCAAAAUGAGCAAUACUGUUCUUCUUUACCCGCCCUUUCUCAAUUUAGUGUUCUGCGCAUGGCAAGUACGUAAAAACGAGCGGGAUUGUCGGGGUAAAAAAUUAUAAAUUUAAUGUACGCAUGAUGCAUACAUAAGGUUCGGCACUUGAGAGGAGCGCCGUAUGAAUCACCUGCCGCGCCAUUAUGUCAUAUAAUGCGACAGACAGAGUUGAAUAUCGCGUUGCACUGGGGCCGUAUCGGGAAGCAAAAUAUUACGAGGUAGAAACUACUUUUGCACUUUUUUACUCUUUUGAGCUCAAACUUUGCAAGAUGGUAAAACUUUGUAUUCCAAAAAAUCCUAUGUUUUUUGGUUUUCAAAUGGCAAAACAAAUAGAUAAUUUUUGAAGAGCAUGACGUGACAGAAACAAAGUUGAAAAAAAGUUUGGAAAAGCUCAAUUGCUUUAGGAGAUAUAGAAUCUUAAAAUGUACUUAUGCUUCUAAAAAUAGUAACAAAAUAGCGGGAAAUUCAAAAAUCAAAACUUAAUAACUCUUUCACCAAUUGAGCUUUUCAAAAAUAUUUUUCACAUUCUAUUCUAUCGCGUCGUGGGUUAAAUGUAGUUUUUAAUUUCAAAGUCAAACUUAUUUUUAAGUUAUUUAUUUGUGUUGCCAUAUCUUGAAAUUUUAAUUUUGCUGACAGUCUCGUGGCGCCAUUUUCCCGCCAAAAAACGUUGAAAUGAAAAAAAACAAAAAACAUAGGAUUUUUUGAAAUACAAAGUUCUACAAUACCUGCAAAGUUUGAGCUCAAACAAAUUAAAAAAUGCAAAACUAGUUCCUACUUCGUAAUAUUUUGCGUUCUAUACUCCCUCCGUGUUGUUGCCGCACUAAAUUAAACCGCUGUACCAACUGACUCAGACGCCGCCCUUUUGCCCUGCUUAAUUCAUCUCUAAGGGUUCGGCACGUGUCUACGGUGGAGCUGGUUCUUAAAGGAGUGCUUUGCAGUCGCCUCGGUAGUAAAGGACCACUGAGAACGCCGGGCUUUGUCCGUACAGAGGUCCGACGGCUAUACCAUGCUGAUGAGCCCCAAUAAGGGCGAAACAGCUGUCCAUGGCUGCCACUGUCCUGGAAAUAUGGUUUUGCGCAUGCGUAAGGUAAUGGCCAAACCCCGCAACCGCGCAGCUGGUACGUGUGCUUCAGUAGUAAUAUUGGUAUUGUCUGAACCGGGCUUUAGUCCACGGUGGGGCCAAACCACCUCUAAAUGUCUUAUUAAGACUAAAUUUACGUAUCUUUUACAUUUCUUUUCAUUUCUUGACCAAGCUCCAGAUUGUUGACCAAAUGAUAUUAAGUUUUUGUUUGACGUGAAAUGCCAAAUUGUGACGUCAUAGCGGCUGACGUCACCAAAAUGGGUUAAAUGUAGUUUUUAAUUUCAAAGUCAAACUUAUAUCUUCUGAGAGAGCUUUAGAAGAGGAUGAAAACAGCGAAAACUGUUCCGGCCUGGCUACGACACGUAAAACCCAAGUUAUGAUACUUCAUAGAAAUUUGAGUGCACCCCCUGAAACGAUACUUUUCCGUUUUUUGGCUCCCGCUCCAACAUUCGAGCUAUACCUUGACUGGAAACGCUUACUACGCAGGCUACCUUAAAAAGCGAUCCCUAUGAUAUUAUUUUUUUUUACAUUUUUUUGCAAAAUAAUCUGAUUUUCCGGUAACACAAACCUUUUAUAGUUGGCCAAAAUCGUAUCAUUUUAGAUUUUCGUUUUUCUGACUCAAAAACACUAAUUUAAGCAAACCGAAAAAUUAUCACGUGACAUUUUAUGAGAGUAAAGAUGUGUCAUGUGUAACUUAAAUAGCAAGGGCGACUUGACAAUAAAAUUCUUAAAAUUUAGACUUAUUUUAUAAGCGGGGUACCCCGUUUUUGUGCUUCGAAUUUAUUUGUGUCAUGUUUCAGCUCAUAUUUGAGAUAUUAGAGAACUUUUUUCAGCUUUCAACUUCCCUUGAAUAUUUCGGUAUAAAAAAUCGGGAGAUUCAAAAGUUUAAAAUUUACGUAUGAAUGACGUUAGCAAAUAUGACGUCAUAAUUUGACAUUUGGUGUCAUUCUAUACGCCAUUUUUAUUGGCGUGGUGUUACCGUAUUUUCAGGCCAAGUUUGGUAAGGAAAGAGUUAAAGCUAAAGUUAUUCUAAAUUAACCACAAUUGCCACGCUUUAAUAAUUCCUUUUUUUGGGGGGGGGGGGGGGGAUGGUUUGGCCCACCGUGAUUCGUCGUUACCCGUGAUGGUAGCAUUGCGUCAAUUCAGUUUUUAUAAACCUGAUAAAACGAGGAACGGGAAAUGGGGACGACGAAAGGGAACGGAAAAAUGAAAAUUGGGAACAAAACUUAACUUGGACCCUAGCCCUAUCAGUAAAUUCAUUACCCAUUUUCUUUCUCCUUCCAAUUUUCAUUUUCCCGUUGCCCUAGCCUCCCCGCAGAACCCCAACGGACGUCUGCGGGGAGGCUACCGUUGCCCGUGCUUGUUCCCGGGGGGGGUACUCCCAUACAUUACCUAUACGGGUAUGUGCCGCCCAACGGGGUCGUGAUUUUGAAGCUCCUGAUUUAGAACGGGGUAUCCAUUUCAGAGGCGUUUUCUAGAACGGGGUAUAAUAUUUCGAACGCACGAAAGCUCCAGUUUUGUAAGCAGCCAUUUGAAAUUAUUCAAGGACAGAUUGCUUUUAAAAAUACGGUUCAAUGCGUUAACAAGCAAACUGUUGUACUCUUGUUGCACCCUAGAACGGAGUAUAAAAAAUUGGCCCAUUUCUAGAACGGGGUAUCAAUUUUAGGGGAAAUUUUUUUUAGAACGGGGUGCCAAUUUGGAGUCCCGGGCGGCACAUACCCACCCAAAAAAUACCCAAGUGCCCCGGGUGCUUGUUACCGUUCCCGGUUCUCUGUCUUAGUAACAUCGGCUAUUAGGAGUGAAGAGUUCGCAAUCAUAUUUUCCAGGUUUGUUAUCACGUAUACACCGCAGGUAUCACUGACGUAUGGAGCCAGCUUCGUCUAGUUUUGACUUCCACUAAGGACGAAUGAAAUGCAUCAAACGCAAUCUGAUAACGCGCGUUUGGACCUUCUGACACUUGCAAUUUAAUCACACAUGUUUAGACCAUCCAUCACGUGAAUCCUAUACGCAAUGCACAGCGUUGGAGCAAAGCGUUUUGACCUUCGAUCAUUGUCACCUGCACUCCGUAACCUUUGGUUACUACUAGCUUCAAUUAAUUUUAUGUUUUUGGUCUUCCUUUUUCUAUUGUUUCUUAACUCAGCUUGUCAACCAGGGUGGAUUGGCAGCGGGACGUCGUGUUAUAAAUUUGUUACGUCACCAAAAUUGACAUGGGAUAAAGCAAAGGAGGAAUGCAAAAACUGGCAAGCGGGAUUGGUAAAGGUUGAAUCUCCUGAGGAAACUGAAUUCAUAAAAACAAAUGUUUUGCCGACCGGCGGAAAGGAUAUUUACUGGAUUGGACUUUCUGACUCUGCCAAUGAAGAUGACUGGAUGUGGACGGACGGAACUCAAUUGGAUUCGCAAGGAUACACAAACUGGGGAAGUGGACAGCCGGACAAUUUCGAUAACCAAGAUUGUGUAUUAGUACGAAUAAGAGAAUCAGGUAAAGACUAUUACGGGAAGUGGUAUGAUCGACGAUGCUCAGAUAGAGAGAAAUACAUUUGUGAAAAGCCAAAUCAUGUUGAUAGUUUAUAA